AUGUUAAGCCUAUGGGAAGACAGCGCUGUAAAUAUCUACAUAUUCAUGGUAGCACGAAGUGUUACUGGCUACAUAUCCCCUGUUUCCGUACCCCGCAUCGAGCGUCCUCUUCCAAACAUUCUCAAAAACAUUCUCACCGCUAUGGCUAACCAAAUUGCAUAUUACUACUUCGCUCCGACUUGGGAUUUCCCUCCAAGCGGCCCUCUUCAGCUUGGAAAUGUUCUCAUGUCGAUGAAAAAACCCGAGCGAGCAUUAUAUACCGCUCCGCUACCGGAUGCUAUCGAGAUAAUCACAUCAGAAUCGGGUAAAGUGGACUUCACUUUGGAGAAGCUAAAGGCCGGAAAAUUUUCCAUCUUGACACGCUUCGUAAAAUUCAUUGGCCUAGGAGUCGAUAUAACCACAAGCUGGGAUAAAAGCAACGAAGAUGCUUUCACAUUCAAGAGUCUCGAAACAACGUUCUUCGUUCCUACUCUGCCUUGGCUUGAAAAAUGUCUCGCCAAUCCUUCCGUGCAGCGCUAUCUCGACAAAUGCCGCUACAGAAAACCUGUAUAUAUUAUCACUGGCCUUAAAACGGUUACUGGUGCUGCCAUCAAGACAAACAAACACUCUGCCUCUGCCAAUACAAUUGGCAUUGAAGCAACAAUGCCAGGCGGCGACGGAAUGCUGAAUUUGACUGCUAAGCCUGAGAUAUCUACAAAGAAAGAGGCAAAGGCCAAUAUGAGCUGGGAAGAUCAUAGUGACUUCAUUUUUGCAUACAGGGUAAGCAAGGUGUGGGUUAAGAAGGGUUCAAUUUUGGAGGAAGAUUAUACCAAAGGCGCAAUGUUUGAAACAGGGGAGAAAACUGUGAGAAGUUUGACGCUGGAAGUUGUUAAGGUGGAAGAGGCGGAUCCAGUGGAAGAAGGAUUUUUGCAGGAAGAGAUGGUAGAUGGGGAUGAGAAACUCAUAAUUGCACUACCAGAGAAAGAAUAG